GGUUCUAAAACAUUGUAUUUUCUUAGCAGCACCAUGUCUAAAUUUGCUGGCUCAGCAAUUGCUCAGGGGCCAUAUGUUGGCCGAAUCGAUUGUUGGUCAGAGUGGAAACCAACCAGUGAGGAACCACUCUGGUUACUACUCUCAGGAGCUACUGACCCACCUAAAGAAAUUGGAAUUUCUAAAAGAAGAACUCGAGAUUCACAGGGAGAUAGGAAUGGCGCAUUUCUUGCUGGUGUGACUCGAGAUUUGGUCAACAUGGAAGAUGAAGUUGGAACAAAGCUGUUCAACACUGUUAAAGAUCUUUAUCUAACUAAGGGCGCAGCUCUCCGACAUGUCACCAUGGUCUUUAAAAAAUGCAAGCAAACAAAGGUCAAGCCUAUGUUAUACUAUACUGGGCAUGGUGAGAUUGGUACUGGAAACUGGUGUUUUGCCGAUGGGACAAUCAGUAUCCAAGAGAUUUUGGACAUGGUGCCUGUGGAGUGUUUUCACCCGAUGAUCUUCAGUGAUGCCUGUUACAGUGGCCACUGGGCAAAUUUCUGUCUGCAGAAAGGUAUUUUUGAUUUCCACUGCCUUGCAGCAUGUCCGGAGUAUUCAACGGCUCUUGAUACCAAAGGUGUGUAUGUUUCACAUGCUUUAUUAAUAUGAAAAAAGAAACUAUUAAAUUAUAUUAGGCGUAAAUAGCAUUCAGAAACCAAGCCAGUGGCGUCGUUUCCAGCUCGAAGUAUGCAUUAAACAGAGCUUCUUUCAUUAAGCUAUAUGGAAAACGUCUAUUGUGAUUAUUUUUACAGUGGAACCUCGAUGUAACAGAGAGCCAAGGGACUGGCAAAAUUUGUUCGCUAUGCAGUGCAACCCCGAUAUAACGAAGCUCUAUAUAACAACAGCCUCAGUUGGUAUAACGAACGAUUUUGUUUUCAAUCCCAGUAUAGUAAUUGAAUUAUAUACUAUAAAGAGAAAGCCCGAUAUAACGAAACCGCCUUAUGGCUAACAAAUUUUGCCAUUCCCUUGGCCUUUCGUUGUUUUGAUAUCGAGGUUCUUUUCCAGAUAUUUUACUACAGUCGAACCUCCACUAACGGCCACCUCUCUACAAUGGCCUUUUUUUUUUCUUUUUUUCGCCCCGGCUGACAGUCCAUACAUUGAUUCUUGUUUAAACCUCUCUACAUCGGCAACGGUCACAAAAGCGCGUCCCGAAUUAACUGCCAAAAUGAACUCUCGAAAACGGCCAGUUUUUUCAGCCACUGACGCAAAAGUCAGAAAUGGUCGUGAUAUUUGAUCCGUAUGGCACGUUGAUGUUUAAUGGCAAUCGUAUUUUGAUUGUGUUCUAUUUAUUCUGUCUACAAUACGUAUAGGGAAUAUUGCGAGACUUGUUCGUUUUGUCAUGAUAACAUUUUCAUUUUCAAGUUUUCCUUGUAUUUUUUACCUCUAUAUAUCGUUUAUGAUUGGAUUACCAUUACGGGAUACAGUAAGCAUGAACAUGGCACAAUAAACAUGUUGCACUCCCCUAGAAAAAAUUUGUCAUAUAACACCCCUACCUCCCCAUAACGGCCCGGGGUCUCUCCACAACAGCCAAUUUCCUCUGUCCCCGAGGUUUGGAGAGGUUUGACUGUAUUAUUGGGGUAAAGAAAAAUCGUUUUGUAUACCCAUGACUUCGUUAUAGAGAAGUUCGUUAUAUCGGGGUUCCAUUUUACUGACAUUCUGCACUUUUCAAAUUACUUGUAGAUGAAGGAGGAGAUUUAACACUGUACAUGACUGGAAAGAAACUACGGCCAAGAACAGAGCCCAUGUAUAGUGGCGGAAAUAGACUGGACUUCCCCAUCAGCUAUGGAUAUGGUACCGUUGAUUACACUGAUUUUAUCAGUAGUCAUAUUUUUAAUAGUCAAAACAUUUUGAUUUCCCAGAGCAUGCAUAAUGGCUACUUCUCAGGAAUUUUUGCGAGUUCAAAACUUUACAAUCCAAGACGUGCGGUAACUUGGGGAAUUAAAAGAAACUGCGACGAGUUUCUUGGGUUCGUCAAAAAGGAAUGGAAAGGCGUUAAUGGUAAGUCAAAGAGGAUAUACUCCCUUGCCUGUGAUGAGAAGUUUGGUUUCGGGGUGUUCUUCAUGGAAGGCUAUGGUACAUGUCAAUCUAUUUUAAGAAACACGGAUGAUAUAAAGGAGAAAUGGGAUGAGGGUUUUAAGAUUACUUCAUGUUCUGCCCUAUAUUCAACAUUUUACAUCAUCAUGACAAAGGGCACGAAGGAAUACCAUGAAAAACAGCAGAAGUGGUUUACUCGUAGUACCUGGAAAGAAACAAAUGAUGAAAUACAGGAGGGAUACAAAGAAAGAAAAGCUAUCACUGGAAUAUGUUAUUCCAGUGGGCUGAAGCUGUAUUUUGUUGUGAUGUCAGCCUCAAUGGGGGAACAGUGCUUCAGGUGGUUUGGCAAGACUGAAGGAGAGGCCAGGAGAGAUUGGGAAAAUAAGAAAUAUGAUCAGGGAUUUCAUCCUACUAUCAUCUUCAAAGAUCCAACUGACAAUAAAAUUUUAAGUGUGAUGACGAGGGAUGAAAAUAGAUCGGGUUAUGUACGUCGGUCUCACUAUAAAUUAAGGCAGAUUCCUUUAGUUUAA